GGGCAAAGUCGGUCGACGAGCAGCUGCUUCGAAACUCGGAAGCGGCUCAGUCGCUUCGCGCGCUCCAAACCGAACGUGUCGUCUCGAUUCGUUUCUUCUUCGUCGUCGUUUAUUCGCCGGCUAUCACGUUCUCUUUUUAUAUAUAUAUAUAUAUAUAUAUAUAUAUAUAUAUAUAUAUAUGUACAUAUAAAAAUAUAUAUAUAGUUCAAUUUGAUUAUAUUUUCUCUGACAACUCUCUUCGUAAUAUUACCAAUCGUCAUCGGGAAAGUUUAUCGAGGAAAGUUUCUACGAGAGGUUUCGAGUGAUUCGACGAUCGAUUCUCUCCUUCGUAGCCGUCGUCCAAAAGAGGUUUCGAGAGGUGGCGACAGAUCAGAGGGGAAGUAAAAAAAAAAAAAGAAAUAGAAAAAGAAGAGAAAGAAAAAAAGACGAACAAAAAAAGAAAAGGUCAUCGCAUCGGUACUGGAGAAGAGACCGAGAGAGAACGAAGAGAAAACAGGGAGAGAAGAGACGCGUUAGCUUCCGAUUCCGAGCGUUCUCUAUAUCGGGAAAGUGGAGCGGCCACGUGAAAUCCGGUCUCUGGUGGACAGAAAAAUAUGAGCAUCUCGUGAAAUCUGUGAACAAGUGGAGUACUCAGACCGAAGGGAGACGAACAUGGAAACCGAGGAGCUCACGAGACUCGUCGACGAGAUUUACAAGAACAUCCUAGACAAGUUCAAUCCAGGAGCAAGGCAGCUGAUCAAUGCUGGGAAGGCAUACCUGAAGGCACUUCACGCUGCAGCAGCGGCGUCUCGAGUCUACGUAGACGCGUUAUCCAGACUGGCACGUCAAGCACAGCUGGGAACAUGGGGUGGUUCGAAAGAUGUCGGAUUCGCACUGAUGAGGAUCGUCGAGGUUUACAAGGAGAUCCAUGAGCAAGAGAUGAACAUUCUGAAGGCGUUCUACGUUGAUUUCUUGGUACCCUUAGAAACGAACUUGGAGAAAGACACGAAGGUUGUUCAGAGCGAACAGAAGAAGUUCCUCCAACAACAUAAGACCAGAUCUGAGACUUACAGCAAAGCUGCGGCAACUAUGAAAAAACAGAGAAAAAAAUCAAGGGGUGCUGGCAAAAGUGGACUUGCGAUGGAUAAAGAAUUGAAGAAUAUGCAGAUACUCGAGGAAGAGAAAUCGAAACUCGAUGCAUUUUGUGAGCAAAGUUUAAAAAACGCUAUGACACAAGAGAGAAGAAGGUACGGAUUUGUCCUUGAACGACAAUGUUCUUUGGCAAAGCAUUGCGCCAGCUUUUACGAAGUCGCACUCGCUGCUCUUCAUCCAUCGGUUGACAAAUGGCGCGAAGUUGCAGCCACCAGAGAGUAUUUGCCACAAUCCGUUGAGGACAUGUUCGCUUCGAGACUGAGGCAAGUCUCUUUCUGGCCUGAGGACGAGGAAAAUGGUGGAUCCGAACUAACAAUGAGCUCACAAUUGAGGAAAACACGAAGCAUGGAUAGUUCUUGUUUGGAACUUCGUCUUGGUCCACCAUCUGGCAACACACCCUCCAGUGCUCAUCACGGACCACCACCGCAUUUACCAGCUGUGCUUUCCAGAGCACGAUCAGAGGCCAAUUUGCAUGCUUCCACGCUAUCUCUCGGUCCAGAGGUUCCGGAAACUCCACCACGACCCAGAUCCAUGGCUCCGCCGCUUUCUCGUAGCAGCGGGGGAGGAAUAGGAGGAGGAGGAGGAGGAGGAGGAGGAGGAGGAGGAGGUGGUGGUGGUGGAGGAGGAGGUGGAGGCGGUAGCGGAGGCGGAGGUGGAGGAGGCAGUAGCAGCGGCAACGGCACAGGACCGAUUUCUGGGGGUUGGGGAGAUGCACCACUCGCACGAGCACUCUUCGCUUAUCUCAGCUCCGGAGAGAAUCAGUUGAGCUUUCUCGAGGGUGAUCUCAUCGCACUGAUGGGUGAUCGUCAAAAGGGCUGGCAAUUCGGUGAAAAUCUGCGUACGCAAAGUUCAGGAUGGUUUCCGCUUGCGUACACCGAAGUUAUUAUCGACGAUAGUUUAGGAUCGCCUAGUCAUGGUGCAAGCAACGGUAGAACACCGGAACCACAAGCAAUUCCACCGUGUAAACCACCACCCUCUCGUCCACCAGUCACACCGAGUAGCAUCGACGAGUUAUCGAGUGGUCAUCAUGGUUCUGGAAGCAAUAACAUGAACAGCAAUAGCAAUAAUAAUAACACCAAUAGCUGUGGAACACCAACGAAUGUCCCUAAUAGUAACAGUGCACACAAUUUAGCUACUCCUACGGCUCGUCAGUCUAAAUCGAUCCGUCCAUCGGGUACAUUACCAACUGUCUUAGCUGGUGGUCGUAGAGUUCAACCACCUGUCCCACCAAUUCCACCACCCCAAGCGGUGACUUCACUUCACAGUAGCAACGAUAGUGGAUUUUCUAACGAACCACCUGCUCAACCGGAUAUCGAUUAUAGCGACGACGAGGCCAUGAGACAACGUCGAAGAAAGCCACGUCCUGAAAGAAUCACCGAGUCGUCUGGGAAGCAACAACUUCAACAACAAUCGAAGGACGAUCAGAAAAGUUCGAACGAGAAGAAUUGGGAGAACGAUUCGUGGAAGACGAUAUCGCGGGAUGAGAAGAGCUGGCAACUUUAUAGAACGGCGAUGGACUUGUGGGCAGAGUCUAACGCGAAUCAAAACAACGAGAACGACGAGCCAACUUCGGGGAGAUAUUCCAGUGGUAACCGGCGUUAUGAUAACACUCAGGAUAGACAGAAUACUCGUGACUACUCUAAUCGUAGUACUUUGGAGAAUGGUCAAUCUACUACUGGUAAACGGGGUAAGAAAAUUCAAGAUAAAGUUCAAAAGAACGAAUACGAUUCCCGUGUACGGCCAAAUCCAAAUCAUCGAAAUAAAUUUUCUACCGGCGAGGAGUCGUCAACCAGAAACUCUAACAGAAGAAAUAACGAACAAACUCAGUCGAGUUUGCGCCGAGAAAAUUCUAAGCGCGGUAAUAACAAGGAACAAGAGGAAACCGAGGAGGACGAGUUGGAUAUGGACGACGAAGAAGAGGAUACGUAUGGUUCUGGUGUUGAUUAUCAAAAGAAAUAUUACAACGAUAGAAUCGAUAAUCAGGAUAGAAAUUCGCGUAGAAGUGGUUAUCGUUCGUUAGAGAACGACGAGUCGAAAUAUGAAAACGAAAAGACGUCGUCGAGUCCUUCGUCGGAUAGCGACGACGAGAGUACGAUAACCGUACCGGAAACAGGUAGGAAGGUUGAACAUAUCGCACAAAAGUUGGAACAGACGGCGCAGAAGUAUGCGCGGGAGCACAGUCCACCGAAAUUUAUCGAAAGAAGAAACGAUUACAAGAGCUUAGAACGUAACAGAGAGGAGAAGCAACUUCAGAAUAGUUAUGACAGGUACAACAGCAACGAACGUGAUAGGAAUCGAUUGGCUCAGAGAUUGGAAAAAGAUAGGGAUAGAUAUUUCGAUAAGUCUUCGGCAAUAUCUGGGAAAAGUUCGACCUACGAAAGAGAGAGAACGUUCGAAAAGAAUCCCGAUAGAAAUAGAAACAUAGAACGAGCUUCUGGUCGUCGUUUCGAAAGACCUAGACCACCUUCGGAAGAAGCACCCGAAAGGCCAACCGACGUACGUGGUAAUUAUUUCCGCGAUCGUUGUUAUUCGGAUAAAGAGGAAGCUAUUUAUGGUGAGACAGGUAGGUUCACCAGAGAUCCUAUGUCGCUCGACAAGGAACGCGGUUACGAGUCUAACUUCGAGACCAAAUUAGAAAGAACUAAAGUAAUCGAAAGACACGGUUAUCAGACCAUGUUAGGACAACAAAGUAAUCUUCAACGAAUGGAAAGGAACGAACAUAACAAUAGUCUGGAGAGAAACGACAACAACAAUAAUACUUUGAAGGACGACAGAAGACCAUUGUUACCUCGACAAACGACCGCGGUUGGUCAUUUGAUUCAAACCGGAAGAUCCUUCGAGGUCGACACGAAAAGUCCGAAAUUGGUAAAGAGAACUAAAUCCUUUUGGAGGUUCCGCAGGGAUUCCGACGUUUUAGAGGGUAUGGCACUUUGGCAGCAUCGUUCUCUCGUUGACAUACCGAAAAUGAUAAAGAAGGAGAUGACCGAGGAUAAAUCUAACACUCUUGAGAAAUCAACGAAGAAACGUAGCUCCGAUGGUAGUCCAACAUCUAGGCGGAGUCUUGAGAAACAUGACAGUGACGUUACGUUAACGAACGAACAAUCGAGUCAAGAGGAGCCAAAGCCAGCCGAGAGGAUUCACGUGCCAGAUAAAAACGAUUAUUUCGAAGACUUUCCAACUCCUGCUGAAAGACCGAAGGUCAUCGAAAGAUCGGAGUAUCGGAUGCAUCAGGAAGAGAGAGCAUACUUCGUUGGUAACGUUUCGAGAAAGGCGAUAAUCGAGAAGGAACGUAAACGUAGCCUCGAAGCAAAGAGGAACAUGAUCGUUGCCGAGUUAAAGGAGAACAACGAGGCCAAGAGGAACGAGAGGAGAGGACAGAAGAAUUAUGCGAAUGAGAACGAUAAUGGUCUAAUACGUAGCUUCAGCGAAACCGAGGCUUCCGACGAGGAAUCCACUUACAGUUGCAUCGUUGUUAAGGAUCAAACGGUCGCGGAGAAGACUUUAUUACCGAGGACGAAAUUAAGGAGAGAUUCUGAUCGUGAAAGGGACAAGAACGUGUGCGGACCAUGGUACGAUCUAUGGGGUGUCGACUCGUCGGUCAACAACAAGAAAAAAAAGAAGAAGCAGCAAUGAGAUUCUCUCUUUCGUUUCGUUUCGUUUCGUUUCGUUUAAUUUAGUUUAGUUUAGUUUAGUAUCGUUUCGUUUCGUUUCGUUUCGUUUGGUAUCGUUUUUGUUUCUUUCUUUUUAAUUUUAUUUUAUCCGAUUUUUCUUCUUUUCUUGUUUUUUCUUUUUAUUUUUUUUUCUUCUUUUUCUUUUUUAUUUCCCCCUUACGACGUUCCUUCUCACGCGUACGUUUCAGUUCUUCUUUUAUUUUGUUUUUUUUUCUAUUUUAUUUUAUUUUUAUUCUAGUUUAUUUUAUUUUAUUUUAUUUUAUUCUAUUUUGUUUUAUUUUGUUUUAUUGUAUUUCGGUUUAUCUUUAGUUUUAAACCUAUUACAAAACCCCUGACAUUAUUCCACGUGGUCAGAAUUCUCUCGACAAUGAAUGUACUUUACGAUGAUAGCUUGUGGCAAAUUAUCGUCGUUGUCUUGUGUUUGUCCCCUUUUCACUAUACGUAAAUAUCAUUUGAAAAUCAUAUAUGCUUUUGCUCGAUGUUUAUCCCUUUUCGUUUCGAUACUUGCUCACAGUCCUAUGAGAAUAUUACGUGUUUUUGGUCAAAAUCACCGAGGUUGAACCGUGCGAGGACACACAACGUUAUGGUUGUUGCUUCACUCGUAACUCUUGUCUCGAUCGCUCUCACGGUACAACGACGUUGCUUUAAUAAACGUAUGCCCUUUUCGCUAGAAUUUUGCUUCCGUACGUUUCCGAAACACAUGAACGUUAUGAUUCGUUGUAAGUUUUCCCUCAGUAUGUUUCAAUGUAUCGUCAUUUGUAUGCCAUGCAAAUUUGUACCUGCAUAAAUGCAUGUACCUUAGGUUCGACAUGUUAUCGUUAUUAUCAUCAUUAUUCUUCUUAUUAUUAUUAAUACUUGAUAUUAUUAUAAUUUUCAAUGAUACGACUAUAAUUGAAAGUUUAAAGAAUCAUUGAGAUAAUAAUUCGAUCCUACCUGUCUUCGUCUUUAUCCAAAUAUUUUCUCGAAAAGAUCGAAUUCCUAUCGUAUAUUAUUUUUAUAUUACAUAUUGCAUUACGUUAUCUAUAGGGAUAGUAAUCUCUCUAUUUGAAAAUCUUACAGGACCAACAUAUUUGCAACAGUGAAACUACGAAAGACGAAGACUAACGAUCGAUCCGCUCCAGCUCUCUCAUGAGAUAAAUUAUUUCGAUAGAUCGCUUGAACUCCGAAUCAACAGAGAGAACAAAUAAAAAUGUUUUUUCUUUGCUUUGACAAACGACAGUUCCUUCGCGUUGCCGUUUUCGAAGAGCCGAAGCCGGACAUGAUAAAUAAACGAAAACAAAAAAGAGAGAGAGAGAAGAAAAAAAAAUACAGAAGAAACGAAAUAAUCAAAAGAUAUUCAACAUUAACAUGGAUGUCCGUCCAACCAGUACGUCCAUAUUAAAGUCCAUUAUCGCUAGAAAUUGCUAUCUUAAAAUCAAAAGAAGAACACUCGCCAGGAAAGCUAAUCGCAGCUUUUUAUCGCAGAAAAGUAGAAAAAAAAUAAAAGAUAAAAAAUUACAAAAAAAAUAUAUAGAAAGAAAGAGAGAGAGAGAGGGAGAGAAAGAGAGAGAGAAGCAAACGCGCACUGCCAAUAUUUCGAGGGCAUUUCCUUUCCAGAGAGACUGACAUUUUCAUUAAACGAUUAGGGACCAUCCUAGCGACGUGAUCGAAAAAAAAGAAUAUAACAUGAUAUAGACAAAAACCAAAAAAAAAAACAAAAACAAAAAAUAAAAAGAAAAAAAAUAUUGAAAAAUAAUAUAUACCCCGAAGAAAAUAAGAAAAAAAAAAUAAUCACUUCGUUUCGCUGUACCUAACGAUUAUUUGAAAUUAUUUCAACCAAGAUGGCGACACUUGAUGAUUUUUUUUUUAAUUUCUUAUGAUCGAGGAUAAUAAUUAUAUACUGCAUACAUGUAUAUACAUAUAUAUGUAUGUAUCUAUGUAUGUAUUUAUUUAUGUAUGUACAGUGUGUCAACAAAAUAUUCGUACAUUUUUUUAGAAUCGUAUAUUAUUUUUAAAGUAAGCCAAAAAAUUGAAAAAAAAAAAGAAAAAGAUCGAUCGAUAUUUCAACGAUCUAACUCGUACGAAGAUCACUUGAUUAUUUCAUGAUACAAUGUAUCCCCAAAUUUACGCGAAGCAAUCAUAUUUACAAAAUGCAAAAAAAGAAAAAACUUAAUUUUCAAUUCUUUAUUACAUUACUACCAAGAUGAAAAAAAAAGGAAAAAAGUAAAUAAAACAUUUCUUUAUGACGGAUAAACUUCUUAUGACAUACAUUUGAUGUAAAGAUUAUUAUAAAAAAAAAGCUUGAAAGAAUUUCGAAGGGUGUUCAAAGAAUUUUGUGACCCACUGUACGUCAACUCGUUUAUUUUUUUCUCUUUUCUUUUUUCCAUCUCUUUUUUUUUCUCUUUCUUUUUAUCUUUUUAUCUUUUCUCUUUUUUUUUCUUUUUUUUAUUUUUCUUGUUGAUUCACUUUCAAUUUCAUUUUACUUUUUGUUUUAAUAGUCGCCACGCGUAAAAGUUUUACGUCGAGCUUCGCUUUUACUAUACCAACAACCCGAACCCUCCUAUCGCUCCCUCUCACCCCUUACCAUCAUUCCACCCCUGUUUUCCAUUCGCGUUUUCCUGGACAUCGCAUCGUAUCGCGUUGCAUCGCAUCACAUCGCAUCGCAUCGCAACGAUAGUUUAUUUCCGGAUAAGUUAAUCCUCGGCGCCAGUCUCGUGUC